GGUGUAUGGUGACAGAGAGAGGCGGGCUGUGCAGCAGCCAGCUGUUGGAGAGCAGCGCUCCUGAACCAUCCGCUACUACCGCACCAGGUGAAUAUCUCAACAUCAACACCGAGACAAGGACACGAAGCAAAACACUUCUGCUCAUCGAGACAUAGACGUUUUUUUCAUCUGCGACUUUUGCUGUCUGAUUGGUUCCUCGAUCAAGCGGGUGAAACUCCGGGGGUGAACAGAGAGAAGAAGAUCGAGAGCAGGUCAGAGUGUCACACUGCAGAAAAAAAUGGGAAGAAAGAAAAUACAAAUCUCUCGUAUUCUGGACCAGAGGAAUAGACAGGUAACUUUCACCAAGCGUAAGUUUGGUCUGAUGAAGAAGGCCUAUGAGCUGAGCGUGCUGUGUGACUGUGAGAUCGCCCUCAUCAUCUUCAACAGCACUAACCGUCUGUUCCAGUACGCCAGCACAGACAUGGACAAAGUGCUGCUCAAGUACACAGAGUACAGCGAGCCACACGAGAGUCGCACCAACACGGACAUACUGGAGACUCUGCGUAGGAAAGGUCUCGGUCUCGAUGCCUCAGAGCUCGACGGUGAGGAGAGCAUGCAGGUGGCCGCAGACAAAUAUCCUCUCAGCGAGGGCAUGGAUCUCUCUGUGGCUCGCCAGCGCUUCUAUGGCCCAUCGCUUCUCUCACCGGAGGCCCAGUUCCUGGUGUCUGCAGGCUGUGAGAACAGCUUCCCCAACUCCUCCGGAUCCAGCAUGGCAUCCCACAGACCUCCAGGCUUUAAACCUCUGACAUCCAGACCCGGCUCUGCCAGCCCCGCUGCGCCACACGCACACACUGCAUUCAUGUCGCCACACUCAGGUAUCGGCUACUCCGUGUUCUCCCAUGGCAACCUGAAUCGAGCUCUGGAUAUGAAAAGCCCUCCUCCUCUGAACCUGGGGGGUGAAAACCUUCGGGGAGAUGCUGCUAAUCAGGGCAUGGGGGCCACACGUGCAAACCACAGCUCUGCUAGGGGGGUCUUGUACCAGGGCCUGCACAGCGGCAGCUCCAUGGUAGCCAUGGGCAAGGCAGGGCUGCUGGGUCACAGCUUGGGAGGCUAUGGUCUCCCUUCUCAUGGAGCCUCUGAGUACAGCCAACCUGGUUUCUAUCACUCUGUUAGUCUACAGCGAGGAGCAGUGAAUCCCUGGCAGCCUGCACAUCCGCCUCAGGAGCACCAUGGGAUGUCCAGUGGAGGGUGCUCCUUCCCCUCCCAAUCUUGCUCUUCGACCUCUCCACAUCUCCCAUCUCUCAACCUCAGCAUCAAAUCGGAGCGUAGCUCUCCUGAGCACAUGUCCUCGCCCACCUCCCCUCCUCUGCACCACCUCAGGCAGCACUCUCCAAUGAACAACCCCGAUUCGGCUCGCCAUACCCCUCCGGAAGCCCGUCCAGCCAAUGAGACGAAGGAGUUUCCCAAAGCCGGCUACCCACAAGACGAAGAGGAAGGAGGGCAGCCGCUCAGGCAGUUAGAGAUAAGUGAUGGGUGGCAGAGAUAGCUGGCUGCUGCCGUCUAAUACCCAUUCAAUCAGCUAUCUUCCAUCAAAACCAGUCCUCUCACUCACACACACACACACACACACAUGCACACCACAGAAGAUAGCAAGAUGGGGUCAAUUUGUCCCCAUCAUCCCAGAGAGGAACGCCUCUCUUUGUCUCCUUACACAGAGCUGGUCUCUCCUGGGCGAUGGAGAAUUUUCUCUGCAUCACUUGAUUGGUCCCAUGAGGAGACACAUGCAAACAGACAUUCGCUUUUUGUUUGGUUAGGUUUUAGUUUUCUGUGUGGAGCAAAAAUAAAAUUUGAACUGUG